CCCGGUGCUGAGCAGCUGAAAUAUGAAAUGCAAAAGCAUCGUACUAGUAUAAAUCACAUGACAAAUUUCCUCAGCAUGAGUUGUAUUGCGGAUUUAACUUGUUGUAUUGCGGAUUUAACUCGAAACAAAAAUUUGUAAUGCAUGAAUGCGAUUAAUACGAGUACGAUACGGUUGCACAGCAUAUGCGAAAACGGGGAACGAAAGAGCGAGCACAUGAUGCGAAGGUUGCGGCGCAACAAAAUAAAGUGGACGAGGCCACCAAGGCGAUAGAGGAUUUGCAUAUCCUGCAGAAAAGCACGCCCUUGCCUUACCCCAAACCAAUUCUAGAGAACUUGGCGAUGCAGAUUCGAAGGCUACAGGAAGCAGCGUCACCAUGAUGUGUGGCAUGGAAAAGGUGCGUCGCAAUUUGUCAUGCAGAAGUAUUCGAAGAUACAGGGAACAGGGUUUUCUCCUGCAUGUCGAGCAUCACAAAGUUCUUUUGGUACCACUGUCACUCGUCCCUAAGAAGCCCUUGAAUUUGCGUUCUGUACCAGAUGCAAUGGCCCCGCUCUGCGACAGCUAGUUAAAACUAUUUGGUGAAAAUGCAUGACAAAUUCAUUUUAUUUUUUCUGGUUUGGAUUGACUUUUCUGCGGGAUACUGGGUAAAAAGCACCAGGAGCACAUGAAAAUGCUGAAAGGGUCGGUGGCGAACGCGCAAAGCGUCCAGAACUCAAUCGAGGAAGCCAUGGCGGAGUACAGACUGCACGACGACAAUAAGGACAAAUCGAUCAAGGAGAUCGAUGAGCAGGAGACCGAAAUCCGCGAGAAGGUCAUCACUCCGCGGGCACGGGAGAUGGCAAAACGCAACCUCGAGCUACAAGCCCUGCAAGAGCGCCAACGGGAACUCCUCGCCGCGAACCAGAAAGAUAGUAUGGGGCGGAAAACUCGUGUAAACACCACAGAAAACUUGUCAUGCAACGUAUGGAAGCAAUUCUGAAGCUUUCUUGCAUUUGAUUCUGAUGCCGGCUGCUGUUGGUGGGCAAUAGAGUUUUUC